AUGCAGAUAACUGCCCCAGAGCUCUACUGUGUUACCCCCGAUGUUGGAACUCGGAAGGCCAUCUUCUUAAAGGCUAUUUGCUUUCCUAUGAGGGAGGCUAGAUCCCGUACUGCAUACGUCUGCACCAUUAUUCCAAGCAAGGAGUCUACUCGCAAUCCCCGCUUUCCCUCAGUAGAAGCUAUCCUUGGUUCACAGCACCCGAUCUGCUCUUGUUAUGUGCGUGUUAACGUGACGGACCUUCAGCGUGGAGAGACAUUCAUUGUCUUCUUCCAGUUCACAGCAACAUUACCCACCAAUGAUAGCCUCGAAGCCUCAUUUCCCGACCUUGAGUGGAGGGGUGGGAUUCUCGCAAUGAGACUCGCUAUUCAACGUACUGUGAUUGAUUGUUCUCGUGCAAUUACUAGAGGUCGCGAUGAACAUAUUCCAAUGAAAUUCCCGAGUGAAAUUGUCUUCACAGCUACGGCAUAA